UGUAAGAAUGUCAAUUAUGUUGUCGAGUCCUGAAGGCCUUUGGUUCCAUCCGUUCUUAUAGCAAACUCCAGAAGUAGAAAUAAGUUUGAAAGUUGUAAGCAGCUAUACACUCUUUCUCCAGAGGAACGGAACCAGGGAUUUCAUUUUCCAUGUCCAUGAAUAUGGAGGUUUUUGAUGCUAAAGAGCAGGCAGAGGCUUCAGGUCACAAACCUGCAAAAAAGGGAGGUCGCAAACCGAUGCUAAGCGAACAUCAAAAACGUGAAAAUAAAAUAAAAUGUUGCAAAAAUUAUCGGCUUAGGAAAGCAGAUGAGUACAACAGAUCAGAGGCAGAGAACAAAAGUUUGAAAGAGGAGAUGGAGGUACUACGGUCUAAUAUAAACUCUUUGAACGAGGAGCUUUCAGAGGCUAAAGCUCGAGUGAAUAAAUCAGAGACAGCUUUAAGUGAUCAAUCCAAAAUCGUGCAUGAGCUGAAAAUAAAAAAUGAAGCGCUGAACAUUACGAUUGAACAGAUGCAACAUGAUUUUCUCGAUUCGGAUGUUCAGGAUGAUUUUGUGAACUUGGAAUUAAAUAAUAUACCAAUGGAUCUUGAGUGGUUGAAUGAUCUGGAGAACCUUGAAGCCUUGAAUGAGACCACAGGGGAUUUAACUUUUCAUGUCCAUGAAUAUGGAGGUUUUUUAUGCUAAAAAGCAGGCAGAGGCUUCAGGUCACAAACCUGCAAAAAAGGAUGAGUACGAAAGAUCAGAGGCAGAGAACAGAAGUUUGAAAGAGAAGAUGGAGGUGCAACAGUCUGAGAUAAACUCUUUGAACAAGGAGCUUUCAGAGACUAAAGCUCGAGCCAAUAAAUUAGAGACGGAUUUGAGUGAUCAAUCCAAAAUCAUGAAUGUGGUGAAAAUGGCAAAUGAAGCACUGAAACUUGGGAUGCAACAGCUGCACCAAGAUUUUCUCGAUCAGGAUGUUCAGGCUGUUCUUUUGGCGCGGAGGGACUAGCAUUGCCGAAACCAAGCUAUCACCAUUGCAUGAAAUAGUGAAUGUCGAGGGCUUUAGGGUACUAAAGGAAAAUUCCCCCAUGAUCCAAGAGGUAUUCAGAAAGUACCCUAACAUUGCAUCAGGCCUUCGAGUUCGCCACCUAGCAAUAAGAAAUGUUUUCAUGAACACAUUGGCUGAGGUCUACAAAAUGGCAACCAUAGAACAAGAGAAGUGCAACCUGGA